GUGACCCCGGGAGGAGAAGAUUUUUGUAGCACGAACAAGGGUUCUUCGUGAGCUGGUCAAGGAAGGCGGUAGUAGCGGCAUCGCGGCUCCAGCUCGAGGAAAAUCGCUUGUAUGGGAGCUUGACGCGGUAAGAAAUGGCGGUGUUCCUGGAUCAAAUAUCGAUCGAAGGUAUCGUUCUACUGGUUUUUCUUCUGGGGAUCGGGCGCGUACACUGCCAGGAAUCAGAUGGUUUGGAUUUCCAGCAGCGACAAGUGGAAGGCUAUGGUCGGAAGUUUGGUAGAUUUGAGCAAGCCAAAGUAGGAGGAGGUGCUGGCUCGAUGAUCUUAGUCGCUGGAUCUGGUACUCUUCUGACUUGCUUGGUCCUGUGCCCGUGUCUUCAAGCCAAGCACAAGAACGACAAGCCUCGUACCUUUCCAAAGGAUGAAUCAUCGAACAUUUCUAAAUCUUCUUCUCCAAAGGAGGGAACUUCUUUAUCUUCGCAACCGGCGUCGUCUUGCAUUAAAAUGAGCACGACAGGGUCGGGGGCAUUGACGUUCACAAUGGCCGAACUUAACCGAAUCACGGGAAGCUUUUCAUCCAGUCAUAAGAUUGGAGGUGGCUCCUCUGGAACAAUCUACAAAGGAAAGCUCAGGGAUGGCACUUUGGUUGCGGUCAAGCGAGCAAAAAGGGACUCCUUUGAGACUCGUCACACCAAGGAGUUUGAAAACGAGGUUAACAUGCUGUCCAGCAUUGAACACUUAAAUCUCGUGAAACUCGUUGGUUAUCAUGAGGACGAGCGGGAACGCAUACUUGUUGUUGAGUACGUUCCGAAUCGAAAUUUACGCCAGCACCUCGAUGAUGCUCAUAACAUUCUUGAUUUCUCGACGAGGCUGGAUAUUGCCAUCGACGUAGCUCACGCUCUCACGUACCUUCACCAGUAUGCAGAGCAGCCUAUCAUCCACAGGGACGUCAAGUCGUCUAACAUCCUGCUCACGGACACCUGCAGAGCCAAGGUUGCGGAUUUUGGAUUUUCGAGAGUCGGGCCUUCGGAUGUGGGAGCAACUCAUGUCUCAACACAGGUCAAAGGCACGGCGGGUUACUUGGACCCCGAAUACCUUCAAACAUAUCAGCUCACAACGAAAAGUGACGUCUACUCGUUUGGCAUUUUGCUCAUGGAGAUUUUUUCGGCAAGGAGACCAAUCGAGCUUUCCAGACCAAGUGACGAGCGCAUUACAAUUAGAUGGGCCUUCAAGAAGUUUGUCGAGGGAAAUAUUCAGGAUGUUUUGGACCCUGCCCUUCCGAAGAAUCCACCAUUGGUGACUCUACUGGAGAUGCUCGCGGAGCUGGCCUUCAAAUGCGCAGCACCUAGCAGGAGAGACAGACCAAGUAUGAAAGAAGCUGCGGAAAUCCUCUGGAACAUACGAAAGGAGUAUCAGGCAACCGUCUCUCAGGCAAGCACCCCGAAGGCUUUUGCGUUCGAGACUCGCCACAGUCCCUUGCCAAGUCCGAUGAAACACUCUCCCGCUCAGAAGCCUCUACACAGUCCACAACAUAGUCCGCUACGCACCAGUAUGGAAAGAAGUCCAUUUCACAAGCCUCAGAAGAAUUGGAGCUGAGAGACCAUCCUCCAUCAGGUUUAAAUAUAUAGGAUGUGCACUUCGAGAGUCACCAGUCUCAGCAGACACCGUUUGUUUUGCUUAGCGCGAACUUCUUCCAGACCUUGAAAGCUCGCUGCGAGUUGCGAAUGUCCUCAAACACGGAACUCUUUCGUAGAUCCAGCUGGGCCUUCACCUCCCCCGGUUCGGCAUCUAAGAGCUCUUUCUUGACCUCCGGAUCCUUGGCUAAAGCUUCGGUUACAGCCUGGAUUAGCCGAGGGGGAUGAGCGUCCAGGUACUUGAACACCGCAACAAUGUCGGAGACGAGACGAUCGGCCAGAGUCCUGCUAAAGUCCUCCCGGACAACGACUCGGAGCAGCGUAACAUCCUGGGCAUCCGGAGCCAUGGUGUAAGCAGGAACGAUCCAGCCGUAGCGGCGGAGAUGGUCAGCAAUCUCGUACUCGUCGUGGUUCUUGCGGUCUUUGAGCGAGAACGCUACCACUGGAACUCCAAUUUCCUUGGAGAGAAUGACGAAGCGGCCAGUGGCAACGAGAGCAUCAGCCAGGAUUUUAGCAUUGGCUUGGCAGUUUUGCAUGAUAGACUUGUAUCCCUGUGUAGAAAUCCAUAAGAAAAAGGAGAUUGUUCUUUGUUCUUAAA